GCAGAAAAGGAGGGCGCGGCGUACUACGCGCCCCGUGAGCCUCCGCCGCCGAGUGGGCGGGGCCGCGGCGUGCUAAGUGUCGUGAGCAUACGCAGCACGGUGGGCUGGGCCGCGGCGUACUACGUGUAUAGUGAGCUCCAGCGACUGGACGGGCGGGGCCCCGGCAACGGCGGAGGCGGUGGAGCAGUGUGAUUAAAUGCAUUUAUGGAAAAAGGAAAAUUGAAUAGUAAGAUGAUAGCAGAAUAUUGUAAUAGAGCAAUGGAUUCCUCAGUGGAAAACAACAUGUAUGUAAACAAAGUGUGGGUUCAGUGUGAGAAUGAAAGUUGUUUGAAAUGGAGAUUGUUGUCAAGUGAGGACGCAGCCAAAGUUGAUCACAAUGAAUCAUGGUACUGCUUCAUGAACACUGAUUUAAGGUACAAUAAGUGCUCUGUUUCUGAAGAAGACUUUCCUGAAGAGUCUCAGCUUCAUCAAAGUGGAUUUAAGAUUGUCUAUUCACAGCUCCCUCUUGGAAGCCUGGUUUUGGUAAAAUUAAAGAAUUGGCCAAGUUGGCCAGGGAUACUUUGCCCUGAUCCUUUUAAAGGGAAAUAUGUGACCUAUGACCUGGAUGGAGACGUUGAACAGUAUCACAUAGAAUUCCUGGGUGAUCCCCAUUCAAGAUCAUGGAUAGAUGCAACGUUUGUUGGACAUUAUAGUAUCACAUUAAAGCCAGGAAAAUGUACGAAUAAAAAGAAGUGGUAUAAAAGUGCACUACAAGAAGCAUACCUCCUCUUUGGAUACUCUCAUGAGCAAAGACUGGAAAGGUGCUGCCUAUCAAAACAGGUACGCAGGCCUCUCACUGUUGUGGCCUCUCCCGUUGUGGAGCGCAGGCUCCAGAUGCGCAGGCUCAGCAGCCAUGGCUCACGGGCCCAGCCACUCCAUGGCAUGUGGGAUCUUCCCGGACUGGGGCACGAACCCGUGUCCCCUGCAUCAGCAGGCAAAUCCAAAGCAGAUGGCAGAGUUGCUGUGGUGGCCAAGAAAAGGAUGCAAGCUUCCAAAAAUAAUACUGAAAAGAAAAAGCCCAAAUUUAGGAAAAGGAAAAGGAAAGCUAUUUUGAAAUCAUCUUUUGAACGUGUUUGUUCAGAUGAUGCCUUAUCAAAGGAAAACAUGGUUGUCUCUGAGACAGAACUUUUACUAAAAGAGCUGGAGCAAAUGCUAGAGCAAGUGCGGGAGCCCACAGCCGCCCCUGACGAGUCUGAAGGGGAGCGCAGAGAGGAGACAGAUACAGGAGAAAAGUUACUGAAAUGUGGCCCUGAAGCUCCUGUUGGCAGCUUGCUUGAGAACCACUGUGAAGAGGACUAUCUUGUAAUUGAUGGGCUAAGAUUAAAAGCUGGAGAAUGUAUUGAAUAUAUAACUAACAGGUUUAAAGAAAUAGAUGCGUUGAUGUCUGCAUUUUAGGGCAUUACAAAUAUUUUCAAAAGUUAAUUAUAAAAACAUUUACAUCUUUACAUUUUCCCAAAGUCAAAACUUAAAAAUGUUUAGUGAAAUAGGUAUACAUUAUACCAAAGUUGUUAUUUCUAAUAACUUUCUACUUUGUGUUUUGAGAAUAUCCAUUGUUUUGAGAGUCAAUCAAAUGGUAAUUAAGUUAGUGUUAUAAAUUUAGAAUCUGAGAAACCCUGAUAUUUGUAUUUAUAGGUUUUUUUUCUUGUUUGCCUUAAUUUUAAAAUGGCUUAUGAAACCUACUUCACAAAUACAUGCUUUUCAAUGAUUAUUUAGGCCCUUUGUUCAAAUGUGGCUAACUGUUAAAAUGACUGCCAAUGCUAUUAUAAUUCUUACAGAUAUUUCAAAUCUAAUAUACUUAGAGAAUGUGAAUUUGUAGUAGAAAGAAGCUACUGUAAAA